AUGCUGGCCUCUUCCCCGGCAGGAACAGCAAUCGAUUCUCCGCCAUGGACCAUUGCUGUGUUACGAGGUAAACAUCUCCGCAGGGUCGAUGGUGGUGCGAGUGCAGAAAUCGUGAUCGGUCGGUCGCGUGGCUUCGUCGACAGCUCGGUCUGCUGCUCCGGCUGCCCACCCGCCGCCUACCUCAGCUCGGUCUGCUGCUCCGGCUGCCCACCCGCCGCCUACCUCAGCUCGGUCUGCUGCUCCGGCUGCCCACCCGCCGCCUACCUCAGCUCGGUCUGCUGCUCCGGCUGCCCACCCGCCGCCUACCUCAGCUCGGUCUGCUGCUCCGGCUGCCCACCCGCCGCCUACCUCAGCUCGGUCUGCUGCUCCGGCUGCCCACCCGCCGCCUACCUCAGCUCGGUCUGCUGCUCCGGCUGCCCACCCGCCGCCUACCUCAGCUCGGUCUGCUGCUCCGGCUGCCCACCCGCCGCCUACCUCAGCUCGGUCUGCUGCUCCGGCUGCCCACCCGCCGCCUACCUCAGCUCGGUCUGCUGCUCCGGCUGCCCACCCGCCGCCUACCUCAGCUCGGUCUGCUGCUCCGGCUGCCCACCCGCCGCCUACCUCAGCUCGGUCUGCUGCUCCGGCUGCCCACCCGCCGCCUACCUCAGCUCGGUCUGCUGCUCCGGCUGCCCACCCGCCGCCUACCUCAGCUCGGUCUGCUGCUCCGGCUGCCCACCCGCCGCCUACCUCAGCUCGGUCUGCUGCUCCGGCUGCCCACCCGCCGCCUACCUCAGCUCGGUCUGCUGCUCCGGCUGCCCACCCGCCGCCUACCUCAGCUCGGUCUGCUGCUCCGGCUGCCCACCCGCCGCCUACCUCAGCUCGGUCUGCUGCUCCGGCUGCCCACCCGCCGCCUACCUCAGCUCGGUCUGCUGCUCCGGCUGCCCACCCGCCGCCUACCUCAGCUCGGUCUGCUGCUCCGGCUGCCCACCCGCCGCCUACCUCAGCUCGGUCUGCUGCUCCGGCUGCCCACCCGCCGCCUACCUCAGCUCGGUCUGCUGCUCCGGCUGCCCACCCGCCGCCUACCUCAGCUCGGUCUGCUGCUCCGGCUGCCCACCCGCCGCCUACCUCAGCUCGGUCUGCUGCUCCGGCUGCCCACCCGCCGCCUACCUCAGCUCGGUCUGCUGCUCCGGCUGCCCACCCGCCGCCUACCUCAGCUCGGUCUGCUGCUCCGGCUGCCCACCCGCCGCCUACCUCAGCUCGGUCUGCUGCUCCGGCUGCCCACCCGCCGCCUACCUCAGCUCGGUCUGCUGCUCCGGCUGCCCACCCGCCGCCUACCUCAGCUCGGUCUGCUGCUCCGGCUGCCCACCCGCCGCCUACCUCAGCUCGGUCUGCUGCUCCGGCUGCCCACCCGCCGCCUACCUCAGCUCGGUCUGCUGCUCCGGCUGCCCACCCGCCGCCUACCUCAGCUCGGUCUGCUGCUCCGGCUGCCCACCCGCCGCCUACCUCAGCUCGGUCUGCUGCUCCGGCUGCCCACCCGCCGCCACUUUCCUGUGA